AUGGACGACUUCCUGGCAGCAGUUGGCGUACAAGCCAUGAGAUAUGCCAUACGGUCUGGCAUCGCCUUGACUUCCUCUUAUGCCAUCGGCCAGUGUUCUCGUCUGCUGAAGGCGGUCGACGACAAGCAUCUCCAUUCCGAACUGAGGACCCUCCAGAAGCACCUCGAUAGUAAGAUCAAGGUCAUUUCUCCUGCCAUUGACCUUGUCGAGCUCAAAUCUGGACGAGGAAACGUUUUCCUUGAAUCUGCGCUACCUCUAGCAAAAUCACUUCAUCAGCAGAUUGUCUCGCUGGGCCGUCGUGUGGAAGCCGCUGCUGCUACUCAAGAACAAAACCACAGCCCAGGAGGCAACCCAGCAAACAAAGAAACCAGCCACGAUGCGUUAGCAAAAGUGAUUAGGGACUUGAAGAAUUUCCUAUCCGAGAUUGAUCGAGAAAUCCCUCUACUGCAACUGGCUAUAUCGGCAUCUGGUGAAAGCCUGUCCACUUCUCUCCCCGCUGGGAUAUCUCCCUCUCGGCUGUUACAAGCCAGUACCCUAUUGAUAGUCGGAGAUACGCAGCAUGCACAGGACCCACGAAAAUCCGUCCAAAUUGGACCUUCAUUCACGCUGUCUAUUUACAUGCUAUUCUUAGGACACGCUUCGGUGUCGUCUACGACUAAAGAUACUAAGGCAAAAGGUCCCGUAUAUGGACUAGGAGAGCACGAUAGAAAGCCAUUGUGGCAAGAGGCGAUACAUAAGGCGCGAGUGCGGCUGUGCAGAUCUGCAAGCAACCCAGCUAUGGGGGGAGACGGUUUCCAUGCGCAAGACUACAAUACUUCCGGUUCCAUCAAGCGCUUGGAUUGUGCAUAUCAUCUAGAAAUCAUUGAAGAUUUAGAUGACGGUCGCGCUCAUGAAGGGGUCGCCUCAUCAGAACCAUACAACGGCAUUCCAAAAGCUGGCAUACGAGAGCUGAUUCCCAUCCAUCAGCUCUCCAAAAUAUUCUACACUGACACUGGCACAAUACUCAAUAUUGGAGACGGAAUAAAUGGAGAAAAUAACCCAGUUUUGCUUCUUAAACGAGGUAUUAAUGCGCCUCGGCUGCGGGAACCAGAAUAUAGCAUGCAUGGGGAGAUAUACGACGCUAGUAAUGACAACAGCCAACAAGAAACAAACGAAUAUGAACAAGCCGAUGUGGAUCAGCAACUGUUAGGAGAGUCGCAGGAGAAAGUACCCUCUCCCAGAAGCUCUAACAAUGCUAAGGACGUUUGCGUUACUGCUCUCCCCAAACACCUAGAUCCCGAGUGGAUAGCUUUUGAGGUUUUUGAUGAAGACGAUGGACAGAGCGAUACAAGUUCAAAUUCAGAGACAGAUGCAAAUUCAUCGAGUGAAAUUGAUGGACAUGACCAUUCGCCGACGAAAACGCCGUCGCGACUUUGCACUGCCAUGGACUCGACCUUGGUUUCCCAGAUCAAGAACCUCUCCAUGCAAUCACCUUCACGCAGUGGCCUUAUCCUCAACGAUUCAGACAGUAGAAUUGGUAGCGCAUCACGAGGUUUGGAAGUAGACUCAGCAAGUGAAGCGCAAGAUUUUGUGUCGCGGUCGCCGUUCGGGGCCAUCACCACAUCACUCUCCCUGAUGGAGAUGCUGAUUCGGCUGGCUGGCCUUCAAGAAUUCCAGCAGGCUUCCCAUUUGUCUAUUCCAGACCACAUCUUGACAUUUUUCUUGGAAGAAACAUCGACAACAGGGUUGACUGGCGAGGCAAUGUGGAGGACAAGGAGCGAAACGAAGCAACGGGUGGGAUUUGACCCAUACACUGACACAGCGUAA